AAAUUUAAUUUACUUUCGUAAAUUUUGAAUCAGAUUUUUCGCCGAAUGAUGAUUGUGAAAAAUUUUAAUUGUUACAAAAAGUUGCUACAAUUCUACAUUUUUCAUUUGUUUUAAUUUUUUUUACGUAACUCCAGUGUUAUCAUUCCCUGUCCUGAGUGUCCUGUCACAGCCUGCUUUGUUUACAUAAUCCAUUUCUUUGGAAAUGUUCACGACUUUCAUCUUAUAAGUUUCAAGUUCUAAGUUCUAAGUCAUAAUGUGGAAAUUGAAGAAAAUUAAUGAUACCGAUCAUUUUCUGAAUGUUCAGACGUUGCAAGCUGGUCGUCUCUACAAAUUCUCCCUAACUGAUUUCUGUAAACUAUGGAGCGUUGAGCUAUCAAAGAAACAAAUUGUUGAUCAAUGCAAGGAUUCAAACAAAUGGCUCGAAGCUGAUGAUGAAACAUUGAUAUGUGAAACGUUAAACUUAUUCGAUGUGGCUAGAACUGACGUAAACUGGAGUAUGGUUUCUAAUCGGUUAGUUCUGAAUUCAACUUUUAGCGGUAUUAAAUUCAGCUUCCACGUCGAGUUUCAAUUGGCAGACGAAGAAAGUUUCUCCAAAAUCGUCGUAUCGCCUCUACUACUGAUAAUAAAAAAUUUGCAUCAACAAAAAGAAUUUUUGAAAGAUUGCUUGAAGAAGAAAGAUACCGAAAUAGCUGAAUACAAAUUGGACGGAGCGGUAAUUUCAAGAAAAAAUAUUGAAACGCCAGUUUUUCAAGAAAGUGUAAUACCAAAUAUGUUUAUUCAAGAGACUCAGAAAUUUUCAUUCAGCAAACCGACUGAUUUAGUUGAUGAUCAGAUAAUUUCAUCGUAUAAUGAACUUUUUUCUUUCCUACCUUCGGAAAACACAGAAGCAAAUGUUCCCGAAGAGCAAGAAGUAAAACGUAAUUUGAACGUGGAAAAAGAAAGUCAUGAGCUGAGCAAGAUUCCAAAAAAAAGUCAGUCCGAUUUGAUUAUCCAAGUUGAAAACAAAAAUGAUGUUCCUUCGAGUUCAGUGCGAUUAGCGAAUGUAAUCAGAAAAAGACCUCAACCUCGUAAAUUGAAGAAUUUAUAAAUUACAAGCUUCACUGUGAUGAUGGCUUUUUAUAAUUCUGUUUUGAAUGUACAAAUUAAGGAUGAUGUAGCAUAAGUAUUAACUAUUUUCAGUAAUAAAAUGUUCCUACACGA